UUUGUUUGCGCGGUGUGCUUUUGACAGCAUCCAGAGGCAUAAGGUCAUUGAGAACCUACAGCAAGAAGCAGAGUCCUUCGUCCUCCCCGACCUCCCGCAUCACAUCGAGCUACUCCGAUCGCAAGUCGAAGACCCCAUUAAAUCAAUCCCUUCUGUGCUCGAGAUCUUCAAUCAAGCGCAGGAGGUCGAUUCAAACAGCUACGGAUUGGUGGUGAACAGUUUCUAUGAGCUGGAGCAGGACUAUGUGGAGCAUUUUAGGAAAGUGAUGGGGAGGAAGGCGUGGCUCAUCGGUCCUGCCACUCUCUGCAACCAAGAAGGUGCGGAUAUGUUUGGAUGGCGAGGAGAAACCAAAGUAGGCGAAGAAUGCGUCAAGUGGCUCGAUGGAAGAAAGCAGGGAUCUGUAGUGUACAUGUGUUUUGGCAGCAUAAGUGCAUUCACAGCAGCACAACUGAGGGAGAUGGCACUUGGGCUCGAGGCUUCGAGCCAUCCGUUUGUUUGGGCGGUGCGAAACGCGGGUGAGGAUUGGAUUCCUGAAGGGUACAUGCAGAGAAUAGAAGGAAGAGGUCUUUUAAUCAAUGGAUGGGCGCCGCAACAACUAAUACUUAAUCAUGCGGCGGUGGGCGGAUUCAUCACACAUUGUGGAUGGAAUUCGUGCUUAGCAGGGAUAAAUGCGGGCUUGCCGAUGGGGACAUGGCCGCUCUUUGCGGAGCAAUUCUUCAAGGAGCGGCUUUUGGUGGAUGUGCUGAAGAUUGGAGUGGCGGUGGGUUCGAAGGUUUUCGGGAUAACAUCGGAGGAUCGGCCGGUGAUAAAGGCGGCGGCUUUAGAGGCUGCG